GGUGCCGAAUACAAACACACACACGACAACACGUGUGUGUGCUUCAACAGACCCACUGUAUAAUAUACUGAUGCAGAAAGCCCAAAGCUGGUUGAAACAUGGCCAGUACCCUCCCUGCUUCCUCCAUGAAGUCGUCAGAAGACAGUCCGACGCCGCCAGCUAAGCGAUUCGCUCCAGGCAGCGGUGGUUCCAGCAUAAGCAGCACUCCAGCCCCUGAUGAAAAGCGACCGCUCACUGGGAAAAGGUGCGUCGACUCGGACGGCGUUUAUAGCGUCGAGCGAUUCCGCCGCUACGAUCUUGCACUGCGGCUCUUCUCGACCAUCAGUAAAGGAAGAUUUGCCGGCGAUGUAAGUUUUCCGGAUUCAAAUUGCCGGAGGAAAGUGUACCGACUCGUCUUCGACCUCCUUUACCACCGAGGGGUGAUCGAAGAGAUGCUUAUUGAGAGUGGAUUCUACUCUAGAAACUGCGAGCUGCACGGUCAGCAGACUCUGGUUCAACUAAUGACAUACGACUAUCAACAGUGGAAGUUCUCCCUAAAGCUACCGAGGGAAGACCUGGAGAACGUACCAACUGUGAUGCUGACGGUGGCAAAGGCCCUGUGCAAGCACCGUGUGAGGCUGAACGCUGCACUCGCUCGCAUGAGAGUCAAGUCAAAUGCCCAGACAACUUCCCAUCUCAUGACCGAGGCGUCUUUUGCGAAAUAUCAAGCAGUUGUCACCCAGCCGUUCCACGUCAGGAUAAACGCUAGCAAAGUCCACAAUCUCCAAAGAGGAGUAAUUUCUCCACUCUGCGAAGAUGGGUACACUCUCUGUGCUGGCAGAGAAGAGCUAAAAAAGGGAGAGAAAAGGUUUUGGCAGCAAGAGAGGACGCUGCUUGCUUUCUCGCCUGAUGCAAGAGAGGCAUUUCUUCACCAUCCACUACUGAGUGAAGGCCUACUGGUUCCACAGGACAGUGCCAGCUACUAUUUGGUGGAGGCAAUCCGAGAUCUGAUUGCACAAUGCACUGGAGAUGUUAUUUUGACCCACUGCAAUUCAGGUGCAGAGGUGGCACACAUUGCUUCACUAUUGAGCAGAGGUUCUAGGGUGGUUGUUUACGGAGUGCUGCCUGUGCAGAUGGAUUCGUUGAAGAGGAGCCUUCAUGCACAGGAAAUAGACACCUUACCAGAUGUGGAUUUUGUUCAUGCUCCGUUCACUACUGCCGAUAGUGCGGAUCUGUCAAACGCCUCUGUCAUAAUUUGCCUCCCACCAUCCUCCCUGUCCACCGUCACACAACCACUCGACUUCAUACUUCAGGAAGGAGAUCAUUUUGCCUCACUGCUGCUCUCAGAAAAGAGGCAGCAGCUCAGAAAUUCUCUGCCCAGGGAGCAGAACAGCACUUUAGCUCCCGCCCUCACCAGUGAGUCUGCGCAAAUAUUCUGCCCGCCUUAUUGUGUGUGA